AUGAGUUAUAUUAAGGAGAAUAUGACUGAUCAAGUAUCGGAAGGGAGUAGUAAUCCAGUGGACCUCACCGAGCAUCCUUCAGGGAUUGUUCCCACUCUUCAAAACGUCGUCUCAACAGUUAACUUGGACUGCAAGCUAGAUCUUAAAGCCAUAGCUUUGCAGGCUCGGAAUGCCGAAUAUAAUCCCAAGCGUUUUGCUGCUGUGAUCAUGAGAAUAAGAGAACCAAAGACCACAGCAUUAAUUUUUGGCCCUGGAAGAAUGGUCUGUACUGGAGCCAAGAGUGAAGAGUCUUCAAAGACGGCUGCAAGAAAGUAUGCUCGCGUUGUUCAGAAGCUAGGGUUUCCUGCAAAGUUCAAGGAUUUAAAGAUUCAGAAUAUCGUAGGUUCUUGUGAUGUCAAGUUCCCUAUAAGACUUGAAGGUCUUGCAUAUGCUCACUACGCUUUCUCAAGUUACGAUCCUGAGAUGUUUCCAGGGUUGAUUUACAAGAUGAAAUCGCCUAUGAUUGUUCUACUAAUAUUUGUGUCUGGCAAGAUCGUCAUCACUGGAGCAAAGAGGAGAGAGGACACAUACAAAGCAUUUGAGAAUAUAUACCCGGUCCUCACAGGUUUCAAGAAGAUCAGGAUCAGAGUCGCGGGUUUGUUCCUUGCCUCUUGGAGUUGCUGA